GAGACUCAGAGUUGUGAAUUAUUAUUAGGAAAAUAAUUGAAGAUACGAUAACAGUUUUUUGCAACUUAUAGUUUUUUAAAAUACAUUUUCUAAAUACAUUUAUAUAGCCAUAUGCUGUCGUUCUAGGAUCAAAAUAGCAAAGAUAAGGAUUAUCAAUGAUGUAUUAGCAUUACCCAAGGGAUGACGGGGGUUUUUGGGUGGGGCAGUAGUCAUGAUGGACAGUUGUCUAUCGGGGCUACAGAUGAGGGCAAUGUUCUCUCCCCGAAGGAGAUCCCCAGCCUACAGAAACUGGAGAUUAAAGAAAUUGCCUGUGGGGAGAAGCAUACUCUAAUUGUCACAAAAGGAGGGGAGCUGUACUCAUGUGGUAGCAAUGAACAUGGAGAACUAGGUCACAGUAAGCCUAGGUCAAAAGCAGAGUUGGUGACCUCACUGAGCAGUAUGCAUGUGACACAAGCCAAAGCCGGAUCAGGAUACAGUGUGGUUAUAACAACUGCCGGGGAAGUGUUCAGCUGGGGGAGAAAUGACACCGGGCAGCUUGGGAGGGGGAAACUAUCCAAUGAGGAGCAACGAAAACCAAAGCUGAUAAAAACCCUCGCUGUUUAUACAGUAGUUCAAAUAUCUUGUGGAUCCAGUCACUGUCUAGCCCUGACAGAUGAUGGUCGCCUGUUUUCAUGGGGUUGUAAUAAAUAUGGACAGCUAGGAUUGGGUACCUCCAACUCUCAUGACACGCCCCAACAAAUCAUCAGUCUGAAGGGAAUCCCUGUGGCCCUUGUAGCUGUGGGAGGUAACCAUAGUUUCAUCCUCUCCUGCUCCGGGGCAGUGUUUGGGUGGGGCAAAAAUAGUUUUGGGCAGCUUGGUUUAAAUGAUGAACUUGACAAGUACCAUCCUACGCUAUGUAAAUCUCUGAGGAAUCAGAAAGUGAAAUAUAUGUCAUGUGGGGAAGAUCAUACAGUGGCCCUUACAAAGGAUGGAGGAGUUUUCACAUUUGGUGCUGGGGGCUUUGGACAGUUGGGACACAGCUCCAUGCAGAAUGAGAUUUUACCAAAGCGGGUAAUGGAGCUCAUGGGAAGUGUCAUCACUCAGGUCAUCUGUGGAAGGCGACACACAAUAGUGUUUUCUCCAUCUAGUGGUAAGAUGUAUGCCUUUGGUUUAGGAGGGGCAGGACAGCUCGGACUGGGGGACACCGUCAGUCGAAACUCUCCAUUUCCAAUUCUGAGUCCGUACCUUCCUAGCUUGGGGCGUCGAGCCUCCCAGGUCAUGGACCAUGAUGGUACUUUGUACACAGUUAAACAUCUGUUUAGUAAUGGUGACCAUUGCUUCUUACUGGCUAACACUGCAGAGAGAGGGGGAGAACCAGAUGAUUUUAGGAUCCCAGAUCCCAGCACACAGAUAACCACCCUCACCGCUGAGAAAUGUGACGAGAUUCGUAAACUCCAGCCUGAUGUCAUCACACCAUCAGAACUGGUCGACGAUGUUCUAAAAAUCUUUUCAAGCUCUGCAUGUCUGAAUGCAUCAUUUUUGCUGAAAAAUGAUGACCAUUAUGGCUGCAGCAGUAAAAAUUGUGGGCUAGAUAUGGAUGAAGUGAGGAGGCUGAUGAACCGAAUAGCUGAUGCUAAAAAUGUCAACAUUACACAACAGAUUACAGAAAGUAUAGAGAACAACCUCCUGCGGUCCCUUCCUCCCUCCCCACCUGAUGUGGAGGCUCUCAGGAUUUACCUCAUACUCCCAGAAUUCCAUCUGUUUGAUGAACCCAAGUUCUUCUCUACUCUGAUUGGACCUUUUGGAAAGUGUAUAGUCAAUUUGGAAAGGGCACCAGCUAGAAUAUUAGAUUUAUGGUGGGGCUCUUUAAAACCAAGAUUUUUUAAGAGGAUUUUAGAGAUAUACAGGAACACAGCACUGUGGAUUCUCCGACUACCAAACCUGAAUGCAUCUAGCCAUAUGGAGAUGGUGAUUCGAUUAGAAUGUUUAAAGUCUUCAUUAGGAGUACUAAAGAAGCUAAACAGUGUUAAUGAUGCCAAUGGUCAGAUCAUUCCAUAUGACAACUUUUACAUAUCAGAAGUUGCAGAAAAAAUUGACAUAAGGAAGGACUAUGUGAACUGGGUUCACAGAGGAAAAAUCCUCCCAUCACCCCAGAUUCACUUCUGUGAUUAUCCAUUCAUCUUUGAUGCCUCAGCUAAAAGUGUUCUACUCCAGACAGACGCAUGUAUGCAGAUGCAGUCUGCUUAUGAAGAAGUCCAGAGACGAAAUUUCCAGAAUUUGUUUCUUCCAAUUGAUCCCAUAAAUCCUAUGUUAGUAUUACAUGUGACACGGCAUAAUAUUGUUACCGAUACACUUCAUCAAUUGUCUCGACAAGGACCAGCUGAUCUCAAGAAACCUCUCAAGGUGAUAUUUUUAGGAGAGGAAGCAGUGGAUGAAGGUGGAGUCAGAAAGGAGUUCUUUUUGCUACUGAUGAAAGAAAUUCUUGAUCCAAAGUAUGGAAUGUUUAAAUUCUUUGAGGAAUCCAGAUUACAAUGGUUUAACCCUACAUCGUUUGAGGACAAACAGAUGUUUCACCUGAUCGGGGCAGUGUGUGGACUCGCAAUAUACAACUCCACCAUUAUUGGUCUCAGUUUUCCUCUAGCUCUGUACAAAAAGUUGCUCAACAGAAAGACAACAUUGGAUGAUUUGAUGGAAUUGAUGCCCUCUGUAGGACGAGGCAUGCAUGACUUGUUAGAUUAUGAAGAAGACGAUGUAGAAGAUGUCUUCUGUUUAACUUUUGAGAUUACAGUAGAGAGCUUUGGAGAAGUUCAGCAUAUUCCUUUAGUGGAGGGUGGAUCAGAAAAAUCUGUAACCAAAGAUAAUAGGCAGGAAUAUAUAGAUGCUUAUGUGGACUAUGUGUUUAACAAGUCUGUGGAAGAUCAUUUCCGAGAAUUCAGUAAUGGCUUCCACAAAGUCUGUGGUGGAAAAGUCCUGGAAUUGUUUCAUCCACAAGAGCUGCAGGCUAUGGUUAUAGGAAAUGAAAACUACGAUUUCCAUGAAUUUGAAGUGAAUGCUGAGUACAAAGGAGAAUACUACAGACAACAUCCCACAAUUCAACUCUUCUGGAAUGUUUUUCAUGAGUUGCCCAUUCAGCUCAAAAAGAAGUUCUUGUUGUUUCUGACUGGGAGUGAUCGGAUUCCUAUUUUGGGUAUGAAAGCUGUUAAAAUGAUUAUCCAGCCCACUCAUGGUGGGAAUGACUACCUCCCAGUGGCUCACACAUGCUUCAAUCUGCUGGAUCUCCCCAAAUACCAGGACUACCAAACAAUGAAGGAGAAGUUACGUCUGGCCAUAGAGCAGACAGAGGGAUUCGGAAUUGUGUAGCUACAACAAUUAGGGGUUCAGGACAAUGGGUUGGGGCCCAUUGGAAUUGUGUAGCUACAACAAUUAGGGGGGUUCAGGAGAGUGGGUUGGGGCCCACUGGAAUUGUGUAGCUACAACAAUUAGGGGUUCAUGACAAUGGGUAAGGGCCCAUUGGAAUUGUGUAGCUACAACAAUUAGGGGUUCAGGAGAGUGGGUUGGGGCCCAUUGGAAUUGUGUAGCUACAACAAUUAGGGGUUCAUGACAAUGGGUUGGGGCCCACUGGAAUUGUGUAGGUACAACUAUUAGGGGUUCAGGACAAUGGGUUGGGGCCCAUUGGAAUUGUGUAGCUACAACAAUUAGGGGUUCAGGACAAUGGGUUGGGGCCCACUGGAAUUGUGUAGCUACAACAAUUAGGGGUUCAGGACAAUGGGUUGGGGCCCAUUGGAAUUGCAUGUGUCUCAGAAUCCCAUACCUAUUAUGCAAGUUCCUCUGGAUACAAUGUCCAAAGUUCUGCUUUGUGCUCAUGGAGUAAAACAGUUUAUAAAAAACUUUACUUUUUAGUUUAAAGAUAACGUUAAAAACAGCAUGUAUGGCUGCAAUUGUACCUACAAGAAUAAAUGCUGAUAAAAUGACCAUAACUGUAAUGCUUCUGCAAGUUUGUUUGUGUGGAUAUACGUGUAUUUUCUUUUUUACACCACUUGGCAUUUGGUGUUUUAUUAGAAAGAAGUUGUUUUAAAUUGGAAAGUUAUUAGGUUGUUAUGGCAAAUUUCUGUGAUGAUAAGAAUUCAAAGACUAUACAUGAUGCAAAAUUAUCUACAUUGUACCUCCAAAUUUUAUAUUACAAUGUACAGUGUAUGCGUUAAUUUGAUAAUCAAAGAUGUAAUAUAUUUUAUUGAGAUCAAACAUUUGGUUAUUACUACUGGUAUUAUCUUAUUGAGGAGCACUCUGGUACCCUCGAAGUUGCUUUUAACCAAUACAGUGUAUUGUGAUAUAAUAUGAGUUGAAUUUAAACUUUUAUGUGAACAGUUUUAUAUGAUGCUUUCUGUAUUAAGAUUCCACAUAUUUUUUGUACAUUGGUGUGAAUUCAGGAAUCUUUUGAGUCAUAUGCUUUUAUGCUUUUGUAGUAAAGCAUUUGACUUUUUUGACAUUCUCCUUUGGACAUUCUCUUAAUUUUAUUCAUCUCUCUAUCUUAAGUUACAUGUUGCCAGCAGCUGUGUCAAGAUUAUAUGAUAAUAAUAAAUGCCUGAACCUAGCUAGUAUAUGAACAUGCAAUAAAUCCUGAUUGAUGAAUUGUCAUUUAGAGAUUUGUUUAGUUUUCUUGAAUUUCUGAAAUAAAACUAUGUAUAAAAUUUAAAGAAGUCAAUAGAGUAAUGAGUGUUCACAUUUUAAUGUGGAUUUUAUUUUUUGUAAUAAAAUUUCAAGUACC